AUGGAUUGGUUUGGAAAUUACUUCUCUAAGUUUCCUGAGGAUGUUUCCUUUUUCAACACACAUGCACCUCUGUUUCUUUCACUCAUAUCAUCUGAAGAUGAACAACAUUUUAUCUCCAACUUAAGGAGCCGUGCACCAGCCCAGGCUGUGGUGAGGCAGCCUGUCCGGGGAGCCAGCGGCAGGACGGCAAUCACAGCCAUUGUGCGGACUGGUGGGGACUGGAGCACCGGCCUCUUCAGUGUCUGCAGAGAUAAGAGGAUCUGUUUCUGUGGUCUCUUUUGUCCCAUGUGUCUUGAGUGUGACAUCGCCAGGCAUUAUGGAGAGUGUUUUUGUUGGCCACUGUUACCUGGGUCCACCUUUGCACUGAGAAUUGGCACCAGAGAGAGACAUAAAAUACGGGGCACCCUAUGUGAGGACUGGCUGGCGGUGUACUGCUGCUGGCCUUGCUCCGUCUGCCAGGUGGCCCGGGAACUCAAGGUGAGGACCUCCCAACUCUAUGAAAUCUAUACGGCCCCUUUAACCAAAGAAACUUUUAUUUGAUAGAGCAAGAAAACUCCUCCUUCCUCACUUCCCCACACCCUCCUCUUAAAUCCCUCUUGGUGGAGAGAUUGUUCUUAAGUUUUCACUGAAGUAGUACGAAAAUAAAUGGUUUCCCACUACUGUGUUUACUGUUGUCCUUUCUUCACAUACCCCCUGAUGAAGACACUUGUCUGAAG